GAGAGAGAGAGGAGGAGGAGAAGAGAGUAAAAGAAAAGAUAGACAAGAAAAAUAGAAGAGAUGAAAAAAGAAGAAAAAGAGACGAAGACAAAAAACUGAUUGUGAAAAGGAGGAGGAAGAACGACUGGACGUCUGUUUAAUCAGCUUAAGAGAGAGAGAGAGAGGGGGCGGGGCCGAAGGACCCUCAGUUGGUGUUGAUCAACAAAUGGAUGGUUCAGCUGUAGCCAUGACAACCACCUGUUUAAGUUGGACUAACCUGUGGAAAUGUGACUUCCUGUCUAACUUCCUGUUGAUUUUCCUGUCUGUGUGACCAUCAGUCCACCAUGUCCCUCCCCCUGCUCCUCCUCUCCGUCCUUCUGCUGACACUGGGCCGGACUCAGCCCGGACCUCAGUUUGACCUGUGUCGCUCUCUGCGCAGCUCGGAGGCGGGGCCAGGGUGGGAGUACUAUGCUUGUCAGCCGCCGCCCACAAACAUGAAGGAAGUAAUGCAGAUCAGAGUCGACCCCCCAGGGAUCACAUGUGGAAACCCACCUGAGAGAUUCUGUACACUGGAAAACCCGUAUCUGUGCAGUGAUGAAUGUGACGCGUCCAGCCCGGACCUGUCUCACCCUCCUCAGCUCAUGGGAGACAGGGAGAGGGGAGGACUCAUCACCUAUUGGCAGACAGUCACAUGGUCCAGGUAUCCUGAGCCACUAUUGGCCAACAUCACUUUGUCCUGGAACAAGAGUCUGGAGGUGGUUGAUGACAUCACCAUCACCUUUGAGUACGGUCGUCCAACCAGCAUGGUUCUGGAGAAGUCUCUGGACAAAGGGCUAACGUGGCAGCCGUAUCAGUUCUACGCUGACGACUGUCUUGAGAUUUUCGGCAUGUCUCCUAAACGAGUGUCUGAUUUAACUUGGAGUAAUUUAACACGGGUCAUCUGCACGGAGCAGUACUCCCGCUGGGUCGGAGCCAAGGAAGAGAAGGUCGUGGUGUUUGAGGUGCGAGCUCGGUUCGGGGUGUUUGCAGGUCCGAAGUUGAUCAACAUGGACGCUCUGUACACCCGAAUGGAGACGAUAAAAGGUUUGAGAGACUUCUUCACCUUCACCAACCUCCGCCUGAGACUCCUUCGCCCAGCACUCGGAGGGACGUACGUCCAGAGAGACAACCUGCUCAAGUACUUCUACGCCAUCUCCAACAUCGACGUACCUGCCAGGUGUAAGUGUCACCUUCAUGCGUCUCGGUGUUUGAUGCGUGACGCGACUCUUCAGUGCGACUGUGAACACAACACGUCGGGUCAGGACUGUCAGAGCUGCGGUGACGGGUUCAGAUCCUGGAGACCUGGAUCUUAUCUGCCUCUGCCCAUGGGCACUGCCAACACCUGUGAAACAAGAGACACAACAGCCAAUGACGACUCAAACACAACAUCUGCUGGAGACACUGACUUGACUGUUACUACUACUACUACUGCUACUACUACUGCUACUACUACUACUACAGACAAUAUUAUAUUGACUGGCACUGCCACAACUGAUGCCACUGCCACUGACAAUGCGCCGCCUAGUGUCAGUAUUUCUACUACUUCUUCUUCUGACCCGGCUCCUACAGGUAGAACGUCUGUUCUUAUGAACACAUGGUCGAGUGGUGCAGCGGACACAGGACGUCCUGGUUCUGAUUCUCCUGCAGACACACAACGUAUUUCUACUGUACAAACAAGUAGCAGUGAUACUACACCUACGUCAUCACUAACUCAAACUACUUCUAACACUUCUCUCACUAGAGCUAGUGAUACUGACGACUCUCCUGCAACUGGUGAAGUAUCGACUACAACAUUUCCUGGAACUAUUACUGCAGUCAGUAGUACUGUCAGUACUGCAGUCAGUACUGCAGGCACACAGGACACAGUUCUAUCUAAUAGUCCAGCAGUGGACACAGCAGACACUUUGUUCGAGUUAGCUCCCACAGAACCAGACUUCACCUCUCCCCGUAACACUUGUAGAACCUCCAGUUCCAUCAGUAACACCAACAACCCCACAAUCCCUGGCUGCAGUACUGAAGCUGAGGUGUCUAUUUUUGACCCAGUGACUCCACUUUCUGACUUCACUUCCUCAUCAGACAACACUGACUCCAUACUUUUUGGGACUGAUACUACCAACCUGAUCACCAGUACUUCCCUAUUUGCUGAUGGCACCAGAUCCACCGGAGUACUGCCUCCCACGACCAUCCCAGAAAUAACCCCUCCCAGUGACAGGACUCAAUCUGGAAGUUUUCCAUCCACCACGUCAGCCCCAACCAGUCCAAACGGAAAUGCUUCACCUACAGAGGGAGCUGACACAAGUUCUCCUGUCAUUCCUCCAAACAAUCAAAUAGAUAUUCCACCCGUGGAUGUACCUCCGCCUGAUGUACCUCCGCCUGAUAAACAACUUCCUGAUGUACCUUUGCCUGUUGAACCUCCGCCUGAUGUACCUCCUUCUUAUAUAUCUCCGCCUGAUUUAACCCCACCUUAUGUACCUCCGCCUGAUGUACCUCCGCCUGAUAAACCACUUCCUGAUGUACCUCCGCCUGAUAAACCACUUCCUGAUGUACCUCUGCCUGAUGUACCUCCCCCAGCUGUAUUUUCUCCAGAUGCGCCAUCUCCAGAUGUACCUCCUCCUAAUGUACUCUCUACAAAUCUACCUCCUUCAGAUGUUCCCCCAGAAGUGCCAUCCUCUAGGACUCCAGAGUCUCUGAUAGAUGUAACCCCUACAAAUACAGAAACUGUAGAGUCUUUGCCAUCUCCCUCUGAGGAAGGAGGCAGUGAUUCUGCACCAGGAACAAGCACCUUAGGUCCGACUGACCCUGCUGGUGAUUUAGCUCCUGUGGACUUCACCUUCCCAUUUCUGGAAGAUAAAAAUCCAGCUAAACCUGGAUCAGAUUCCGGAGCAGGACGAGUUUCUGGACCAGAGCCUGUUGGUGAUCCUGGGAUCAUUCCAGAUGAUUCUGGAGGAUCUGUCAAUGCUGAAGGAUCAGAUUCAAUUGAUCCUGGACUGAAUUACAUCUCAGCUGAUCCAGGCAAAGGAGAAAAACAGGAGAGUGGACUGGAAUCAACUGGACCAGAUUCUUCUGCAACAGAUCCUACGAGUCCUGAUCUGGAAUAUGGACCAGAUUCUCCUCCAGCAGUGGAUGAUCCAGGUGUAGGUUUGUCUUCUUCAGCAGCUCAGAAGGAGGGAAAGUCUGGAGAGGAUUCAGCUGCUGGAUCACCAGGACGACCAGAGUCCAGUGAAAAGAAUGACUCAAAACAAGAGAUAACAGGAGAGCAGGAAAAGGAAAAAGCUGCUGAGACCAAAGAUGAAACAAGGAAAGAAAAAGAGGAAAGACCGAAGGAGAAAGAUGACAAAGGCUACGAGAAAAAAGCGACCCAGAAGAUUCUGAUUCCAGGAGGAUCAAAGUUCAGUCAACUGUCCAAAAUCGCCUAUGUCACCUUCCAGGAGUGCGAGUGUAACGGACACUCCAACCGCUGCAGCUACAUCGACUUCAUCAACGUCGUCACAUGUGUGAGCUGCAAACACAACACACGAGGACAGAACUGUCAGUACUGUCGCCUUGGUUACUAUAAAAAUGCUUCCCUGUCGCUAGAGGAUGAGAACGUCUGUGUGGAGUGCGACUGUGAUGCAGAGGGAAGUAUUUCUCCUCACUGCUCUGACUCUGGUCUCUGUCAGUGUAAAGACGGAGCCACAGGGAGGCGCUGUGACUCCUGUUUACCUGGAUACACAUGGAGAGGAGGCGGAGCCAUCUGCACAGUGAACAUUUGUGACUCCAAACGUUUGAUUUGUCAAAACGGAGGAACCUGCGUCGACUUCCAGCGCUGCGUCUGUCUGGAGAACUUCACAGGUUCACUCUGUGAGCAGAGCGUCUGUCUGAAGAAGACUGGUUGCCUUGACAACGCUGAGGGAUCCUCCUUCUCUCUGACUUCACACCUUUACCUGCUGGUCCUGAGUCUGCUCAUGUCUGCCUUCUGAUGACCACGCCCACUGUGGGCGUCACAAUAUUAUUGUUUUUGUAUUUUUUUACUGAACCUGUGGAAACAGGAUAUGACAUCAUAGUUUUAUGAUGUCAUCCUCAUGGGCUGUGUCCGGAAUCCCCCAUUUCUUCACCAUAUAAUGUAUUUCUGUGUAGAGGACUAUAUACUAUAUAUACUGAGUUCAUCAGUAAAAGAAAAAGUUUUUCAGACACGAUUCGGAUCAUUUUCUCUGCAUUGGUUCAUUGUCACAGUAUGAUGAACAACAACAACGUUACUCGGUGUAAAAUCCCACAGUGAAUUUUAACAGUGAACUCUUAGUAUUAAAACUUUCAGUUAAAAACGCGUGGAGUUUUUAAAUGUAGAAAUAAACAUGUUUGUCUC